AUGUUGGAAGCUUUCGAGAUUUUGACCACAUCAGGUGUGGUUUUAUGGUCCAAAUCCUACGCUCCUGUUGGAGCCCACGUCGUCAACAGCCUUAUCAACGACGUCUUCAUCGAAGAGAGAGUCCAACUUCAAGCGACGACCAACACCUCCCCCAUUUACAAAAAAGAGAAAUACACUCUCAAAUGGAAGCGAGUGAAGGAAUUCAAUUUGAUCUUUGUGGCCGUGUAUCAAUCUCUCCUCCACCUCGGUUGGAUCGACAAGCUUCUGGACAAUAUCUCAACCUUGUUCAUUGAUCUGUACAAAGACCAGCUGAAGAGCUCGCGCGCUCGGAUUGUCGAAUACCCCUUCGAGAAAUACUUCGACCAGCAGGUGCGCGAACUCGAGGAUAAUUCUGGCGCCAUCACUUCGGAGGGGUUCGUGGCCGAGACGGAGGACAAAAAGGAUCCGUUUGUCUCCUCUGAUAAUGGCGGACCGCCGCCGCCACACACACCUCACCUUCUGAGGGCGCAGCGUCAAGCUGCGCUAGGCGUGCCAACCUCGGAUGAUAGCACGCCCCCUCAAACUCCAGAUACAUCUCGUCCAUCGACCCCCGGAAGCCAAAUUUUGACUGCGAAGAGCGGUCCUGGUGGCCGUGUCUCCCGCCGCGCGCGGAAAGCCGCCAAUGCGAGCGCCCCCGUCUCAUCAGGCGACGAAACCAGCCGCAAGGGAAAGACGGCGAAGGGUGGAAAGACAAUGCGCAAGUGGGAUGCGGACGGACUCGCCGACGAGGAUGAUGGGACGGUCCUCGAUUAUUCGGCUCCUGCGAAUGACGACGAGGCCGCCGCUCCUACUGUGGAAGCCGUCUCCCAAGACUCUUGGGGCCGGCGGACCGGUAAGGGACAAUUUGUCUUGAAAGACCUUGGUGACGAGGUCCACUCAAUUCUAGAGAACGCCGAUAACGAGAAGGCCAAGGCUUCCUCGUCCGGAUUCGUGGGAUCUGGCUUCAACGCUAUUGGUGGUCUUCUACGCAACAUUGUUGGUGGAAAGGUCCUCACCGAAGCAGACCUGGAGAAGCCGCUCAAGACGAUGGAAGACCAUCUACUGAAGAAGAACGUGGCGCGCGAGGCGGCCGUUCGGCUGUGCGAUGGAGUCAAACGCGAGCUGGUCGGCAAGAAGACGGCCAAUUUCCAGAGUGUGGAUGCAGCCUUGCAGCUAGCCAUGGAGUCAGCGUUGCGGAAGAUCCUCACUCCCACUUCUUCCCUCGACUUGCUCCGUGAGAUCGAUGCGGUGAGCUCGCCUACGACUAAGCAGCAAUCUCCGCGCCCGUAUGUGAUCUCGAUUGUGGGAGUGAACGGAGUCGGAAAGUCCACCAAUCUCGGCAAAAUCUGCUAUUUCCUCCUGCAGAACAACUACCGUGUUCUGAUCGCGGCCUGCGACACCUUCCGAUCUGGUGCUGUGGAGCAGCUGCGUGUUCAUGCCCGCAACUUGAAGGAGCUCAGCGCGCGGGAGAAUGUCGGCGAAGUCGAACUAUACGAGAAGGGAUACGGCAAGGAUGCAGCCAACGUGGCUAAGGAUGCGGUGGAGUACGGUGCGGCGAACAAGUUCGAUGUCGUCCUCAUCGACACCGCGGGUCGGCGCCAUAACGACCAGCGCCUGAUGUCAUCUCUCGAGAAGUUUGCGAAGUUUGCGAAACCGGACAAGAUCUUCAUGGUAGGAGAGGCGCUUGUCGGCACGGACAGCGUGAUGCAGGCCCGCAACUUCAACCAGGCCUUUGGAACGGGACGCAACCUCGACGGGUUUAUCAUUAGCAAAUGCGACACUGUCGGGGAUAUGGUGGGCACAUUGGUGAGCAUGGUGCAUGCUACUGGAAUUCCCAUCGUGUUCUUGGGUGUUGGUCAGCACUAUGGUGAUUUGCGCGGACUGAGUGUGCCCUGGGCGGUGAAUUUGUUGAUGAAGUAA